AUUCAAUUCUUAUAUGAGACGACAAACAUACACAAAUCAGUUUUUCUGACUCAGAUUUCACAUUUGUAAAAACUCAGUUGUUCAUUGGUAAUCUUCUGGAUUCGCUAAUUUAAAGUUUAACUGUCUUCUGUAAGCUGAUUUGUUUAUCUUCUUGUUAUCUACAAGAAAUGUUUGCAGGACUGAAUUCCAGCUUAGGAUCUCCUCCAGGAGCGAUGGAUAAUCGUCCCGAGCUGUACGAGGAGGUCAAGCUGUACAGAAAUGCGAGGGAUCGUGAAAAAUUCGACAAUAUGGCGGAUCUCUUCUCCAUCCUGACGACGUUGCAACAGUUGGAGAAGGCCUACAUCAGGGACUGCGUCAAACCCAAAGAGUACACCUCCGCUUGUUCCAAACUCCUAGUCCAGUUCAAAGCCGCCUUUAAACUUGUCCAGGGUUACGAGGAUUGUCCAAAUAUUGAAGCCUUCGUCAGGAUGUAUAAGCUGGAUUGUCCUGCAGCACUUCAACGGAUAAAAGAAGACAGACCAAUAACUAUUAGGGAUGAUAAAGGCAAUACGAGCAAAUGUAUUGCGGACAUUGUUGCUCUAUUCAUUACACUUAUGGACAAAGUAAGACUGGAUCUUCGAGCAAUGGAUCAACUACAACCCGAUCUUAGAGACCUCAUGGAGACUAUGAACCGCUUGAGUAUUCUUCCUAGCGAUUUUGAAGGAAAAGAAAAGGUCCAAGGUUGGGUGGAUACGUUUGCCAAAAUGUCUGCUUCUGACGAACUUUCAGAGGAACAGGCUAGACAACUAACUCAUGAUUUGGAAGGAUCGUACAAUGCCUUUAACCGCUUGCUCCACCAAGAGGACUAAUAAAAACUAAUUUAGUCCCCUCGUCAAUAUAUUUCGUUCGAAACCAGACUGCGUAAACUUAUUUGUUUAUCGAUGACCCUCUAUUCCUUGCUAUACUUGGCUUGUAUCGCAAUUAUAAAUAUACAUAUGUUGUGUACAUUCUAAUUAUUUAAUUAUUUAUGAUUAAUCAAAAUUGUGAUAAAUCACAAUCAUAAUGAAAGCGAUUUUCUUGUGUACAUACGUCUGAUAAAUACCUGUGCCCAUAUAGUUUUCUAAUACGUUUUCUUUCUCGUCUCUUUUGUAAAUUACAUGAUUGCUGAAUAAUACGUACGCCAUAAUAUGUUACCACCUUCUGUAGUAAAUUGGAUUUCAAAACAAUCUGAUUUAGUCUUAGUUUUGCUUUCUAGACGGUCGAUUCGAAAAUUCAUUUAUCAAUCAAUGUAAGAAUUAAAGAAAUACAUGCACACGCAUAUAUGUUUUAGCAUAUCAUUGGUGAUAUUUAUUGUAACACUGAAAACGUCUGAGGACGUCUGUCACUUUCUCCGUGUGAAAUAAAUGUUGCGAAAGUUUA